GCACGGGGCGGCAUCACCCUCGACCGCAACGGGCCUGAGCUGCGAGCAGUUCGACCACACCUUGGCGGAGUCUGCGCCAGCCUCACCUGACAAUGGAAUCAUGUUGGCCCAUUCAAUUUCGCUCCGGUCUACAAUUGGCGCUGCUCAAGACAUUCACAAUGCUCUGGUCAGUUCGAAAGAACUUGUACGUGACCUAGCUACAAAGUAAUGGCUCGUCUGGAACGACGCACCGUUGUCUCCGUUCUCCUCUUUCCUUCCAAAUCGACCAAGCCAUACCAAGUCCUCCUGUUUCGUCGUUCCGAAAAAGUCCAUACAUACACAAACAAACUUGCACCUAUAGCAGGCUCAGUGGAAGAGUCCGACAAGACCCCAUUGGACGCAGCAUGGCGGGAAUUGAAAGAGGAGACUUGUCUCGGACCACAACAUGUUGAGCUUUGGAGACGAGGUCCUGGAUUCGAAUUCACAGACGAGACCGCCGUAAGUGGCAAGGAUGGACAAGGUGAGAAGAUCGGAAGAAUAUGGAAAGUCUGGCCCUUUGCGUUUCGAUUCCAAAAAGACCUUGUUGACGAGCACAAUAAUGUUGAUACCUCCGUGUUGAAAAUUGACUGGGAACAUUUGAGCUGUGAAUGGAAUUACGUUGAUGACAUACUGACGGGGAAGAUCUUGGACCAAUGUGUGCCGAGACUGGAGGUCACCUUGGGCCAGGUAUGGGUCGACCCUGACAGCCCACUGCAUCACGGGCUAGAAGAAUUGCGCCUUGAUCACACCAACGGAGCAAGGCAGUUGGCUACAAAGGCAGUGCAAUCGUUGAUCAAGAUUGUUGAACACGAGCAGAGAUCGAAGACGCUGGAUACACCUGGGGAGCUCGCGAAGUGGUGGAAAACUUUCUGUCUGCAAGCUUUCCAUCUUGCCUUCAAUGGUAGGCCAAGUAUGGGGGCGGCCAUUUCCAGUGCUGUUGUCACUGCACUAAAGGCUGCGCAGGAAGAAGCCAACUUUGGCUUUGCGAACGUGAAGCAAAGUCUUGCACUUUACGUGGAGAGACGAGGAGAGAUCUCGAGACGAGUGAGUGAACAAUUCGCUGCAUUGCUGCAUGACGAGUUCGAGGUCUCAAAUGAUGGCCAAUCUGCCAACAGACCUCUGAGGAUUUUGACACUUAGCUCCUCAUCCACUAUCAAAGCUGCGAUACUACAUGUUCUGGAUACGGACGAGACUCGCCUCAUCGAACUCCGUAUACUCGAGUCGCGACCUCUUUUUGAAGGCGUAGGUUUUGCACAAGCCUUGACAAAGGAAGCUCAAGGUCGUCGACAAGGUCUGAAACCCGGCUUGAAGUUUCAUGAACGUCUACGACUCGUCGUGGCCUCGGAUGCAUCUGUCGGCAUUUUGAGUAGGGAUGCUGAUAUUCUCAUCAUUGGCGCUGAUCGCAUUUCUGAAAGCGGCGACGUGAGCAGCAAGACUGGUUCAUUACCAGCAGCAUUGACGAGCAGGGAGGUGACGAGAAAUGCCGUCAGGGUGGUAUGUAUCAGUGAGACGGAGAAGAUCGCUUCCCCAGGGGCAUCAGAAGAACACGAAGAAGAGGACAACGACUACGAUGAAGUCGCCCAAACUUGGAAGAUGGAGAGUGAUCUAACCUGGGACGAGAUGGUCAUCGUUCGCAAUGUUUACUUUGAGUGGGUUCCUGCUCAACUUAUCGACUACUACGUGUGCGAAGACGGUGUAUUAUUACGGGAUGAUAUCAAAGAGAAAUCGAAGCUGAUUUCUGAUUUGACAUCGGAGGUCUUUUCAAGAUUACAGGAAACAUGAUAUCCGUCAGGCCUGUUGUGAUGCUGAGCUAAGCCCGAAAUGCCGAAAACUUUUCCAGCUCAUCUGGGGUAGGUGAAGUUCAACCAAUGCCCUUUCUAGAGGAUGAUUCCUCUCGUUCCAUGGUCAUACAAGUGCAAAAACAUUUCCCAAGGCGCCCGUUAACUGCGAACCCGAUAUAUCAGUCAAGGAGCGGAUAUCCUCGUCUGGAAUUGACGAAGAGAAUCCCUGGGUUACAGUUGUUGAAGGGUGAACAAAGAGGUUUGGCAGAAUACUCCUUUGGUGUCAGCCAUACCAUCGUUGUUGGACAUAUCAAUUCAGAAGCUGCCCAUAUGUAGCGUUGCGCAGCGAAAUGCGCCUGAGAUGGGCUGCUACAUCUACGAUACUACUGCAUGCCAAUGGAAAUCCAUUCUGUUGAAGCUGCAUGCC